AUUGAUGCGAACAAGAGUGGUUCUCACUGAAGACUUUGUUGCUAAUGUCUCUGGAAUGGAUUUCCCUCACACAUUUCCUGGAAUCGAUCUUUCUUGGAAUUUAGAAAAGUUUAAAGAGAAAUUCAAUAUUGUAAUCGAUUACAUUGGCAAGGAUAGCAUGGAGUUUGAUCUCAUUGGUCUUGAUGCUUCUAUUUCAAAUGCAUUUCGAAGAAUCUUGAUUGGAGAGGUUGCUACGAUGGCGAUUGAAAAUGUUUACAUUAUGAACAACACGGGUGUGAUGCACGACGAGGUGCUUGCUCAAAGACUUGGUCUUAUUCCAAUUAAUUCAGAUCCUCGACUUUUUGAUUUCCGUGAAGGAUCUGAUGAUCCACCAACGGAUUUAAACACACUUGUUUUCCGUUUAAAUAUCAAAUGCACUCGUAAUCCACACGCAUCUGCAUCUGAAAUCAAUCCAUCCAACAAGUAUAUUGAUUCAGAUGUUCUUUCAAAACAUCUUAUUUGGGAGCCACAGGGUGAUCAAGUUGAAAAAUUCAAAGACAGUCCAAUCCGCCCAUACUAUGAUGAUAUUCUGAUUACAAAACUGCGUCCUGGUCAAGAGAUUGAGGCUGAACUUCAUUGUCAAAAAGGAAUUGGAAAAGAGCAUGCCAAAUGGUCUCCAGUUGCUACGGCAUCGUAUAGAUUGUUGCCAGAUAUUCAAAUACUCAAGCCAAUUACAGGAAAGGAUGCAGAAAAGUUCAAGAACUGUUUUCCAGAAGGAACAGUCAAGAUUGUACAAAAAAAUGGAGUUGGACACGCAGAGAUUGCCAAUCCUCGUAAAGAUACUGCUAGUCGUGAAGUCUUGCGUCAUGCCGAGUUUCUAGACAAGGUUCGAUUGACUCGUGUUCGAGAUCACUUUAUAUUCAGCAUCGAAUCAACAGGUGCGCUUCCACCACAACUUCUGUUCCAAGAGGCUUCUCAGAUCCUUAUUGAAAAGUGUCUUAAUAUCAAGCAGGCUCUUAUUGCAAUGGGAUUACCACCAACAGCAUCUGAAUAAAAGCAAUACCAAACGAU